UACACCAAGCUAACCAGUUAUAAAUUCCUGAGCAGGAAAAGAAUGGCUAAUCUGUCAAGGUCUGCAAUGGGUUGUUUGAGAAGUAUUGGUGGCAACCUCAAAACACAAGCUCAAGUAAGAACAUCAGCAAAAUCAUCAGCUCCCUUAAGAAGCAGCCCAUCCCUAUUUUCAUUUUCUAUUCGUACCGACAACCCUCGUCGAUUAUUCUCUAUCACCAGGUUACCUGUAGAAUUGGGGUGCUGCAUAGAGUCUUUAAUUCCAUUACAUAGUGCAGUUGCAAGUGCUCGACUGACAUCUCGGCUUUCUAUCAAUUCUCGAUCGCUGUCUCAGGAUGGCGAUGAUGGACCAUAAGAAGAUAUGCUUGUUAGACUUGCGGACAUCAUGAUGUUGGCACUAGUUGCAGAUCUACUUCAUUGUGCUGGGAGAACAGUAGCGUUUAAUAAACUGUUAACUUUGACAAAAUUUGUUUUGCUCAAAUUGAUGAAAUUUUCAGUGGUUGUAAUUUAAAAUUCUACGUUCAAGUACUUCAAGUUUUUAGGUACAUGAUAUUACGUUUGACACUUAACAAUUUAGCAUAAGUGCUUUUCAUCCA